CUUGCCCACACAACAAUACAUUCAGAAUCAUGGACACACGCUUUUCAUCAUGAACUCCGCAAUGACAUGGAACAAUCUCAGCCGCUUCUUUAAGUACACACGUCAAUCUACCAAUGGUCCAAUCGUAGGUUCGGGAAACACUAGAUAUGUGUGAUCUCCCAAUAAAAGUAACACAUUAUAAAUAAGGAACAGCCAAACGCGCUUUUGUCCAGACUUUUGCAUAAAAACUAAAAACAAAGUGCCCCAACAUUACUACAAAGCAAGAAAACAAGAAACUUUCACCGGAGAUGGCCAAAAAUUCGCCAGAAUCCGACACCACCGACCAGAAUUUCAAUGAAACCGAACUCACCCUAGGCUUACCGGGUGAAUCUCGCAAUCAAAAGUCCGGCACGAAACGCGGAUUUUCGGAGACGGUUGACUUGAAUGUGAAGUCUCAGGGUAAAAUUUUUGAGGAUGAUCAAUCCGAAAAUCAGAUCUCUGAGGUUGAGGCUAAACCUUCCACAGAAAAAACUCAAGUAGUAGGGUGGCCGCCAGUGAGAUCGUUCAGGAAGAACACGAUAAAGAAGCGCAAGUACGUGAAGGUGGCUGUGGAUGGAGCUCCUUAUUUGAGAAAAGUUGAUUUGGAAAUGUACAACUCCUAUCAGCAGCUCUUGACUUCUCUAAAAGACAUGUUCAACUGUUUUUCCAUCUGUAAUUACCUAGAUGAUGAGAGGAAGCUUAUGGACCCUGUAAAUGGGUCAGAAUAUGUACCCACGUACGAGGACAAAGAUGGAGAUUGGAUGCUAGUUGGAGAUGUCCCAUGGAAAAUGUUUGUUGAAUCAUGCAAGCGUCUAAGGCUAAUGAAAAGCUCGGAGCCAAUUGGGUUUGCGCCAGGGACACCUUCAAAAUGCUCAAGCACAGGUUGAAGAAGAAGCCUUAACUUUGGCAUAUAUACUUGAAUUAAUAAUUGCAUGGACUGGACAGAGGCUUUUGUAUUUUCUCCUUUUGAGGAGCUUUAGAUAUAAAAAGGAGAUUAGGAAACAUGAUACAGAUCUGCCUUUAAUUAGUGCUAUAUACUUGUUUGUAGUAAUUCACUUUGAUUGAUGUAUUUGGCUUUUUAAUCCUUUUUUUAUUUUUAUUUUUUGGGGGAUUGUAACACUAGGUAGGACACACUUUAUAUACACAAUAUUGGUAUUGGUUCUUUA